ACCUCUGCCCCUCUCUCCCCUGCUGGCUCCCCUCCUCGCCUCACCUCGCCCUCCUUCAGUCCGAGCAGAACCACACACACAAAAAGCAGCUCCAGGAAACAUCUCCUUUCUGCUUCUGCAUCUCAACAUGAAGCAUUUCUAACCACCUUCCUGACUUUGUGAUUUUUUAUAGAAAUGACUUAUUUGUUAAACAUGAAUCUGUUCAAGAUUCAACUUCAUAUCAGGAUUUAUCCCGAGAAAAAGAUUCCUGCCUUCAAUAUUUCCUGCCACCAAUGAACUUUGAGUUCUCUUUUUCUCAGUUAUAAUACAUAUUUUUUUCUAACUUGCAAGUUGCCUCAAUUUUUUAAUUGCUGUUUGAAAUUGAUUAACCUCUUCCUUAAAGUCAGAUAACUUUACAGAAAAGGGUUUGAACCUAAAACAGUGACACACUGUUUGGCCUCCCAAACAAAUUUGUUUCGUCCGUUAAGGCGGCUGCCCAUAUUUUUUUUAUACAAAAUGUGGUCAACGUUUUUUCUGACGGAUGAGGAUGGCCGCACAGUGGUGCCAGGAACGUCAACAGGGGCUGGGGGYGUUGCGCCAGGUGGACCGGCGCAGGGUGCAGGUGGCCUGGCGGGCUUGAUGAGUGGACGGAGCACAUUUGGUGGGAACAAGCGUCGCAGGACAACAUCAGGAGGACACGCCAUGAGUGAAGCUCAGGAGGGAAAGAUCAAGCUCGCUUUCUUCGUGGCCAUUGUGGGCGUAGUUCUGACGGUCCUCGGUGUUGGGACAGAGUUCUGGGCUGAGCUGUCGCCUCCGAAGCAUUUCUAUAACAACCAGACUUGUCUAACAACUCACUACGGCCUGUGGAAGGGCUGYACCAAGACGCUGUGGGUGGCUGAUAUCGACCCAGAACGUGAGAGCUGUGGACCUGCUGAACUUCCUGGAGAGUCGAACUGCACCUACUUCAAGUUUUUCACCACGGGGGAAAACGCCGUCAUGUUUCAGAAGAAAACGGAGAAGAAUCUGAACGUGGCGACAGCGAUGCUGGCCUUGUUCAGCCUCUUCCUGAUGGUGAUGGGAGCCAUCUGCAUCGCCAUGGCUCUCAGCAAGGAGAUCCUGUUCUUUCUGAAGCCGGCGUCCGUCUGCUUCAUCCUGUCCGGUGUUCUGGUGCUGCUGUCUCUACUGGUUUUCCACCAGUCUGUCCUGGCGUUACUGGCCAGCGACCACACGGUUCCUCUCCACCACGAGCUCUCCUGGUCCGUGUCGUGUCUCGGAUGCGCGGGGGCYGUUCUCAUCGUGGGGGGGAUCCUCUUCCUGCUGCUGGCGCUGCCCUGCAGCCCCUGGCAGAAGUGUCUCCCUCAUAAGGAU